AUGGCGCGAGUCUUUGUCGAUCAUUGCGUAGCUACCAAUGUGCGUAUACCUUUCCACCAGGACAAUGUUCGACUGGAAGAAACGCUGCCAGUUGUCACCGCGCUGGCCUUCUUGGUACAGGAUGAGUUCAACAAGCUCGUCCCGUCCGUCAACACAGAAGAGGCCGAUAUCGCCGAUCGGUCCUUCAUUGUCGGGGAGUUACUUAGCUUGGCAGUGAAUCUGGACUAUGCGGACGAGAUUGGGCGGAGAAAGAUGUUCACGCUAGCUCGCGAGAUGCUGAGCCAGGACAAUCUCCCCGACACCCUCAUUCCGCGCUGCCUAGACGUACUCGUCAAGAUCUGCGAUACCGAGCGAGACCUCAUCCGCGUCAUUGUCGACGUGAUCUCCGAGCUGCGGGAGGGCGAGGGCGAGGAGGACGCGGAGGUACCUGGCAGUCAAGCCUCAACGUACAGCGCGACACCCAGCAGACCGAGAGCGGGUGGCCCUCGCUUCGAUGUCAUCACGGAUCCGGAGGAGAAGAUGAAGGCUGCGCUGGUGGAUCUGCGGUGCUUGGUCAUCUGCAUUGCGAUGCUGGAGAGGAUAAACUCUAAUCUUGUGGACAAUGCUGUGCUGACGGGUUUGAUGCACGAGCUGGUCAUCCCCGCCGUGGAGAAUAAGGAGGAGCCCGCUCUGCGGGAUCAGGGAGUGAUAUGUCUAGGCCUGAUAGGGCUUAUCGACCUCACGACUGCUUCGGGGUCAUUAUCGCUGUUUGUGAACCUCGUCAACAAGGCGGAUGACGAGCUCCAGUCUAAGAUCGUCCGAAUCCUCUUUGACCUGUUCAUGGUGCACGACAUUCCCCAACUAGUGGCGGGCGUGAUGACCGUGGAGAAUGUCUGGGAGCUUAUCCAGUUCCUGCUCAGUCAGCCUUCAGCCGAUGUUCAAGCUGUCGCGGCGGAAGGUACGGCCAAAUUGAUCCUCGCUGGAAAAGUUUCAGAUGCCAGCAUGCUCCGCUCUCUGGUGCUCCUUUACUUUUCGCCCGAGUCAGCCGACAAUCAGGCGCUUAGACAAUGCCUCACAUACUUCUUCCCAGUCUACUGCUACUCGUCCUCAGAUAACCAGCGGACACUGCUCUCCGUGUUCUCUGAAUCCCUCGAGGUGCUACAGCAAAUCCUGGAGGAGAUCGAGGGGGAGCAGGAUAUGCCCCCCUUGUCGCAGAUAGGCCUGAUGAUGAUUGACUGGCUGGAUCCGCUGAAGGCUGUUGAGCGACAAGGGGCAAAGGUCGACCUCGCUAUACAUCUUGAUCUUGCUCUGGAGGUCUGCAAAAGCAUACUGGAAGAAGAAUCAAAGGACGUGCGGAAAGCUAUGGUAGCAUGGCUCUCCAAGCUCAACCUUCCGGACUCUGGUCCCGCCAACGAGACACGGGUCAAGAUGCUGGAGCUGGUUCUCGGCGGUAUCAGGGAUAAACGACCAUUAUCGGAUGCGAUUUCCCGAAACUCGCUCAAUAAGUUCAGUACGACUCUCUUGAAGAGGUAUCCUGAGCAUUUGGAAGGAUUUGAUGCGGAGGCGUUCGCGGAGGAUGAGAAUGAGGAGGUGCAGGCUUUGGUUGAUCUGAUUGAUGGAGUCAAGCCCACCGAUGACGCUGCAUCGGAGGCAGGCUCAAGGCGCAAGUCCACGACAGGCCGCGGCAGGCGUGCCACUCGGGACUCAUCUCGCGAAACCAGCAUCGCCCUGACCGACUCAGACGACGACUCUCAGGCAGGCUCGGAUGAUGAGGAGGUGAUACCACGUACGCGGAGAUUGACGAGGGGCAAGCCGAUGUCGAAGGUCAUUGAGGAAGAAGAGGAGCCGGAAGAAGCGGGGGCGGAAGCGGAGGCGGAGGCUGAGCCGCAAACUGAAGGAGAGGAUGACGAUGUCGAGAGUAUGCUGGAUAGUUCCUUCUAG